CGCCUUUCUGCUGAUCAAUUCCUAGCGCUAACUCUGUGGAAGGUGUAUAUGUAUUGAUAUUAAGUUAGAAUACUCGGACUUCCGUAAGAGCUCAGAAGAGUGUUCAGCUUCACGUUAAAGAUGUGUGAUCAGACCUUUCUAGUUAAUGUAUUUGGCUCCUGUGACAAAUGUUUCAAACAAAGGGCUCUGAGACCAGUUUUCAAGAAAUCUCAACAGCUCAGCUACUGCUCAACAUGUGCAGAAAUUGACGGGAAGGUGAUCGUGUGGGAUUCCUUCACGACUAACAAGGAGCAUGCGGUCACCAUGCCCUGCACAUGGGUGAUGGCGUGUGCGUACGCCCCAUCGGGCUGUGCCAUUGCAUGUGGGGGUUUGGAUAAUAAGUGUUCCGUGUAUCCACUGACCUUUGACAAAAAUGAAAGCAUGGCUGCCAAAAAGAAGUCUGUGGCUAUGCACACCAACUACCUGUCGGCCUGCAGCUUCACCAACUCUGACAUGCAGAUCCUGACGGCGAGCGGCGACGGGACAUGCGCCCUGUGGGACGUGGAGAGCGGGCAGCUGCUGCAGAGCUUCCACGGGCACGGGGCCGACGUGCUCUGCUUGGACCUGGCGCCCUCAGAAACGGGAAACACCUUCGUGUCCGGGGGAUGUGACAAGAAAUCCAUGGUGUGGGACAUGCGCUCCGGCCAGUGCGUGCAGGCCUUUGAAACUCAUGAAUCAGACGUCAACAGUGUCCGGUACUACCCGAGCGGAGAUGCCUUUGCCUCGGGAUCAGAUGAUGCUACGUGUCGCCUCUACGACCUCCGGGCAGACAGAGAGGUCGCCAUCUAUUCCAAGGAGAGUAUCAUAUUUGGAGCAUCCAGCGUGGACUUCUCCCUCAGUGGUCGCCUGCUGUUUGCUGGAUACAACGAUUAUACCAUCAAUGUCUGGGAUGUGCUCAAGGGGGCUCGAGUCUCCAUCCUGUUUGGACAUGAAAACCGUGUCAGUACUCUACGAGUUUCCCCUGAUGGGACUGCUUUUUGCUCAGGAUCCUGGGAUCACACCCUAAGAGUCUGGGCUUAAUCCUUUCCUCACAAUAUGCAUUUAGGUACCUGAGGUUAGAAUUUGAAAUCGCCACA